AUGAAUGUCAAAUUUCACAAGAAUUGUGAAAAAACAGGUAAAAUUCUCAAAAAAUUUCAUGUUUAAGAUGUAAUUUUGUGAAAUUUGACAUUCAUUUUCUUGGGCUCCCGUAAGAAAUUUUCUUAAUGGUGUUGUUACAGGUGACUGAUUACAUCUCUAACCCUUGAAAAAUGUAAAAAAGAAUGCAAUAUUCUUUAAAUUAUUCUGGUACAAGGUUUUUGUCCACUGAAAAUUAAAAUUACUCAUUUUCCUGAUGGAUUCCGUCUUAAUAUAAAUACUGUUUAUUUAUACAGUCACCUUGAGUGACACCGUAAACAAUUAUAUAAAUUUUAUAAGAAUUAGAACUAAACAUAUCAUUAAGUGUCAGGUCCUAGUUCUGAUAUGUCAGUUACCAAAAAACCACCUGAAAAGAUCUGCAGCAUAACUUAAUCAAGCCUUCACCCCCACUCUCCCCCUCCAAAAACAUGCUUAUAGAAGAUGUUUUUACAUGUACCAUAAAAUCUCUAAAUUGUCCAUCAUCCCAGUAACAAGCUUUGUAUCAGGAGUACUCCUCAUGGCUAAACUGAGAUGGGAGAGUCGGUAGUACAUAAUGAAUCUUAACCUCUUUUUACCAUUCAAUCUAGUUUAUAUUUCAUUUUGACCUCAGAAUGGCAGCCAGAUCUUAUGAAGCUGGUUUUAGAAAAUACUAUGGUGACAGACUGACCAACAUCUCAGAUGACACAUCAGAUGAAGAAAUUAGACAAGUUUAUGACCACUGGGCCAGAGAUUAUGACAAGGUGAUUAAAAUGUAUCAAAUCAUUAGUCCACAGACUAUACUGGAUCAACAAGGUUUCUUUCAUCUGCAUCCUCCCACCCCCAACUCCCUUUUAAGAGGUGGAGGAUAUAAUUUGAUGUUAUCAAUUUUUUUAAAAAUUAAAUGUAUCUUAACCUGUUUCUCACUGAAUCCUUGUAUUUAAAAUAAAAGAAGCUGUAGGUUUCUCAAUUCCUUAUUUGAUCUCCUCUUGUUACUAUCCCCCGUGUGAACAUGUGGACCUUGAUGCACUCCAUCAUUUUUGUCAGAAAACUUUACAUGUGCAUUAAUGUUAAGGUAGAGAUGGAGGGGACAAAUCCUGUUGUCCCAUUCAAAAUUUUCUGGGAGCGACAAGUUUCGUGUUGCAUUAGUUUGAUUUGUGUUAAUUAGAUGUUACAAUACAAGGUAUUUUUGUAAUUUCCAUAUUACUUUCAAUUACUGAUUUCAAUUUGAGAGUAAGGUAUAUAAGUUGGUCACAAAUUUAAGAUAAUUCCCCUUAAAAAGUGACUGAAGUAGACUUUUUAAGUGAUUAUAGGGGCUAGAAAUCUAAACCCAUGGACACUAUGCCCCUGCAUGCUUCUAAACAAGUUCCAUGCCCUGUCCUGGAGGCUUGAACUAUAAUAUGUUUCAUUCUUUUGAGAAGGGAGGGUGAUAACAGAUAAAGUCUCACCCUGAAAUAGCAGUAGCUGAUUCAGAUCUUCAACAUUCAGUAUGGGAGGGGGGGAGUUGCUUGCUCAUCCUCAUCCCAGGAUCAGAUUGAAGCCUAGCAUAAAAAAUAACUCUUUUUGACGCCUUCAGGCUUCAGUUUAGGUAAAAAAAAAAAAAAUGGUCGGGCCUUAUCCUUGGACCCCCUUCCCUAUAUCUGCCACUGCUGUAUAAUGUUGUUUUAGUAAAAUCCAGCUAGUGGUCUAUUAUCAAUGCUGCAUUCUGAUUGGUUGAGCUAUGACUAGGCUAUAUUUUAUAGCGCACUAGUAGCGAAAAGCUCCAGCUUUGAAAACCAAAACAAUGGCGGCUGAAUCGCUUUUGGUAGCUUAAGUUGUUUUGUCUCGAUAUUUUUGACCAACUAGUUGGAUUUUACUAAAACAAUAAUUCCUGUUGCCCUCAUUGCCUCUGAGUCAAUAACCCAUUUGGGCUUGAGGAAUAAUUGGGAAAUAUUCUUGACAUACACCAUUGGGAAUUAAGUCCUAUACAUGUAUUGAUAUGGGACUUAAUAAGCUGUAUUGAAUUAAGCACAAAAAUAAGUGGCCCAUCUGUUGUUUGUGUUUAUCUCUGUCCCUUAGGAUGUUGUUGAGGCAGCACGUGGUGUUUAUCACAAGCCACUUGCUGAAUGUCUGGAGGGAAUUCUCACAGAAAAUGUUCCCGAAAAAGCAAAAGGUGACCUCAAAAUCAUUGACGUGGGAGCUGGGACAGGAUUAAUAGGAAUAGAACUUCAAAAACUUGGUUACAGUAAUCUUCACGCGCUGGAUAUUUCACCUGAAAUGUUAAAAGAAGCAAAGAAACGGAACAUUUACAAGAGGUUUUUUUGUGUCGGAUUAAGUGACCAACAGAUUUCCGAAAUACAAACAGAUGGUCUUAUAUGUGCUGGUACCCUCCUCAUGGGGCAUAUCAGGGCAGCUGCUUUUGAAGAAAUGGUCAGGAUGGUGAAACAUGGUAUAAUAACUAAUCAUUGAUUGUUACUGUUGUUGCAGUCAGGGCCUCUAAUAGAGUGCAAAAAAUACUAGGAGAUUAAGUGGAAUUUUCUGGAGGUCACGUUACAUGGCAAAAAGGUCUAUUAUAUUAAAAAAAAAACGUUUCGCGACUCCAUCACAGCCUGGUUUCCCCGCGAAAUGACCUUUGAUGAACGAGUGCAGAAAUUCCAUACUGAUGACAACUGAUAACACGUCUCCAUAGCUACCCAGAUCUGGGUAGUACUUCUGAUUAAACCAAGUAAAUUUUCAACCAAUCACAAAUAGUACCCAUAUCUGGGUGGUGACAAGUCAUCAGUAUGGAAUUUCUGCAGUCGUUCCUCAAACGUUAUAUCACGCGGAGUAAUGGCGUCGUGAAAUGUCGAUUGCUUUGUCGGGCUAGAUGAAAUCAGAAACUCGCUGUUGUUGUUGCUUUGUUUGUUUUUGUUCUCAUCAUGCUCACGAAAUGAAGAUUUAUACAAAUAUUUCAUUUUAAUUAUUUCUGUAGGUGGUGUAAUCUGCUUCAACAUCCGGGAUAAUCAGCUGGUUGACUACCAAGCAAAAAUACAGGAACUUGAAAAAGCGGCAAGAUGGGAAAUGAUCACUAAGAACGUAGUGUCUUUUUUCGAAAGUGAGGAAAUGCCCAGAGAAACUUACGCUCUCUUGUUUAGAGUUUUAAGGAAAUAA